AUGCUCGGAGACGGAUUAUUCCAUGUUGUAUACAUGGCAAUCGUGAUGCUAUUUACCAUAAUCAAAACCGGAUCAAAAAAAGUCGAAUCUUUUCCUCAAGACGAAAAUAGAUCACAACUUACUUUCGAUGAACAAAAACGAAACGAGUACUUCACUAAAGACCAAAUUUCAACAUUCACAGCACUCGGAGGCUAUAUAACCCUAGCAAUAAUCUCAAUAUUCAUCAUCCCUAAUUUCAUCUUCCCGCAAUUAAAGUGGUACCACAUGUUAGUAGCAUACAUCAUUGCCCCAAUUCUAGCCUUUUGCAACGCAUAUGGAUGUGGUCUCACUGAUUGGUCACUAGCUUCAAACUAUGGAAAACUAGCCAUCCUUAUAUUCAGCGGGUGGGCCGGAAUGGGUCACGGGGGAAUCAUAGCGGGUCUAGCCGCAUGUGUCAAGUUAUUGGAACGGCUAUGGGGUGUGUUAUGUCACCGUUGGUGUUUUGGUUUUUUUUAUCGGGCCUAUUCUGUGGGUGACCCGGAUGGGUCUUACCCAGCUCCGUAUGGAGCUCUUUAUCUUGGGAUUGCGGUUCUUGGAGUUGAAGGAUUGGGUGCACUUCCGCAUAACUGUUUGAAGCUUUCGAUUUGGUUUUUUGUUGGCGCCAUUUUGGUGAAUCUUUUGACUGUGGUUUUGAAGAGGUAUGAGAAAAGGUUUGGGGUUUAUAGGUUUAUUCCGAGUCCAAUGUGCGUGGCGAUUCCGUUUUAUCUUGGGGCGUAUUUUGCCAUUGAUAUGUGUAUUGGGAGUUUGAUUCUUUUUGUGUGGGAGAAGAAGAAUAAGAAGGCGGCUAAAGAGUUGGCUCCGGCGGUGGCUUCAGGGAUGAUUUGUGGUGACUCGUUGUGGGGUAUACCGGCGGCAGUAUUGGCUAUGGCGGGUGUUAAGGCUCCGAUCUGCAUGAAGUUUCUUUCGGCUUCUGUUAACAAGAGAGUAGAUGGAUUUUUGGGUAGUUGA